AUUACACCAACCGCGUUUCCACGAGAAAGCAGCCGAAAAUGAUUCGGUUCUGACAGACCGUCAAACAUUGGAUGUACGUUGAUUUGGGUUGUCACUUGUUUUUUAAUAGUUUGUUCUGAAAACAUUGUUUCCGGAGGGUAAAAGAAUCAACAAGUAGUUGGAAAAGUCGGGAAAACACGCCAUCCUUUACAGGAUGGAUAAAUCCACAACGAUGAAAGUCAUGGUCCCUAUUAUCAUUGCUUUGAUUCAUGUGGCUCAUGGAGCGGCAGAGCUUGGGCUUGCAGGAGACCUCCAGAACCGCACAGCAAGACAGAUUAUCUGCGUGGAGAACCAGGAGUACCCUCACAAUGGCUUCUGCUGCAAGAACUGUGAAGCCGGCACUUAUGUGAAAGAGAAGUGUAGCAGGGACCAGGAGAAGGGCAUUUGCUCUCCAUGUGAGAAGGGCACGUAUGCCGAACACCCCACAGGCAUGGAGCAGUGUCUGCAGUGCAGCCAGUGCCACAGAGAUCAGAUCGUGGUUGCAGAAUGCACCAGCACAAGCAACACAAAGUGUGAAUGCAAACCCGGUACCUUCUGCCUGCUGGACGAGCCAUGUGAAGUGUGCAAGAAAUGUGCCAAGUGCAAAGCUGAUGAGGAAGAAGUGAGCCAUUGCACUGCGACAUCCAAUACGAAGUGCAGGAGGCGAAACUCUCCUCCGACAGAAGGUCCAACGGACAAUCCUUCGGCAUCAAAUAACACUAAUACUAUAGCGAUUGUUAUACCAAUUUUAUUUCUGCUGAUAUUCAUCCCGCUUGGAAUAAUUUUCCUCUAUAAGAGACGUCAACGUCAACUAAGCAGCCCUGCUGAUGAUUUGGAAGAAGUGAAAAUUCCUAUUGAUAAGCUCCCAAGAUCAGAAGAGGAACAAGAGAACAGCCGCAAUGCUGGAUUAGAGAGGGAAGAGGGGCAACGCCCAGAGUCCCGCCCCUUGUUGACGCAAGAAACACAGGAAACAUGCACCAAGAGCAUACCAGUGGAGGAUGAGGACCGGGGAUUGGGCGACAGCUUGCCAAACACUACCAGCUCUUCCCAAACCAGUCUAUCUCCCCUCCCUCCUGCAGUCUACAACAAGGAAUCGCCACAAUCGAGUCCCCCAGCCCCAAGACAGGCAGAGAUGGUUACAGAGCCAUGGGCAGGGGAUGAUGGUCCUCCCAGAAGACUUGUUCCUGUACUUGGUGAGGAGGAGUCUCUAAGCAAGAGUUUCGACCUGUUUGACUCCCUGGAUGUGCGGUACCACAACAAGUUUUUCCGCAGCAUCGGCGUGAGCGACAACGCCAUCAAGCUGACCGAAAUGCAGCAGCCUAUGGACAAAGUGUACGACCUAUUGCGGGUUUGGAUGCAAAAAGAGGGCCUGCGGGCAAACAUCAACACAUUACUACAGGCUCUGCUAGACCUGGAUCAGCGGUAUUCAGCAGAACACAUCACCUCCAAGGCUGUUGAACGAGGCUACUACAAAUAUGAGUAACGUCUCUUAAAGACUGCAAGAUAUUUGUUGAGUAAAAAACGAAAUAACAGAGGUGUAGAUUUGCUUUGAUUUCUCCUCAGUGGGUCUGUUGGUCUCAUGGCAUAAACUUGAUGUCCCGUUACGGAGACAUUGGAGAAUCACCUCUCUGUAGUGCCCAAGUUCGGUUUAGAAGCCAACACUGGACCUUUUUUUGAGGAUUUACACUGGCUAGCAGCAGAGGGCGCUGUGUUCCCUCUAAACCGUGCAUUGUAGUAAUGUUACUUGAUGCACUGGCCUCAGGCUUUUAAACUACAGGAUGGUCCAAAGCCUACGUAUAGAUGUCAUUAAACCUUUGGUUACGCCAAAUGUUCAAACUAAAACAAGUGUAUUUAAUUCUGUGCCUUACGUGUUCAUACUGACAGGCACAAGCUUCACAAUACAUGUAGUCAUAUUUCUGCCGUGAAUCACUUCUGUUCUUAGCUACCAAACCUUGUUAAUGAACUCGGUUACAAAUGAACAAAUAUGCUUCAAUGAGUUUAGUACUUGGUUCAGAAUGAGUUUGGGAUUUCAGACGCAUGUCAGCAGUUUAGGGUUUCAUGUGACGUUCAGAACGUGAAUUUUUCUUCGGUUGUUACAGAAUAUGCUGCCCCUGAAUUAUGCCAGUCUGUGAAAGGUGAUUUCUAAUAUUUUUUUUUAUUCUCCACAAUUGACCUUUCUUCAUCUGUUUGGUGCAAGGACGAGAUGUUUUUCAACCUUCUCUGCCUUUCUUGCCUGUUCCGUUUUCCUUAUUUAUAUUUAAACAAGUGAUGUAUUUAUUUUGUGUAAUUACGUAUUAUUUAUACCUGUUACCAAUAUUCACCUACAGUAAGUGUUCCUGAAGCAUUUAUCAUGACAGAUGUUCACCAGACAAAUCCUUCCAGACGUUUCACAAGCAGAUUAAUGCCAUCUUCCUGUAGUUUUUCAGUAGCUAAGAAGACAUUUCUGCAUUUAGCCCAAGUGUGUCGCUUACUACUGACACAUCAUUUCUUGUUAUAUGAAUCACAAAACGUGUCCUUCGCUGUGGAUUUUUUUUUGUUCCCAGCGAAUUUAGUCGUUCAUGUUCUGAAAAGCUAAAGAAAAGCUUGAAAGAGUACCAGGGUCAGUAUCUCUUGGACGCUUGUAUCUGCUUCCACAGAUUGAAUUAAUAUCGAGGAUAAGGAGGCAUUUCAAACUUCUGCUCGCUGUUCUUGUUUUUAUAUGCGGUAGUGCACAGGUACGUGUUUUUAAAUAGUUAAAAGAUGAAGGAAAUUUAUGCUCACCCAGAAACUACUUACAGUUCAGUUACGUUUUGUCUAGUAUGUACAUAGUUGUCAAAAAUUUUAUUAAACAAAACUAAUAGAUUUAUAUUUAUGCAAGCCCUAAGAGCAUAGCGUAAUGAAGUGCUGCCUAAAAACUGAACCGAAGGAACAAAUUGAAAUUAAAAUGAACAAGUUGUUAUCUAAAUAAACAGGGCCUCUUAAUUCAUUUACGUAGCUGUAAAUGAACUGUGACAUCUGACUCGGCUGUAUAGCUAUGUAGCUGUAUUGGUGUAUGAAAUAUAUUUUUAGAACAUAUCUGACAUCAGCUUUACUUUUUAAACCGACUUGUUGGGAGUUCGAAAGCUGAAAUUAGAUCAGAACAAAAUGGCUCCCCCUGCCUUCCCUGUGUAAUUCUUAAAUUGUAGAGUUGUCGUACAGUGCAGGCACUGCCACCUAUUGACAUAGAGUUGAAUAGCAAGAGAAAAAAAACCUGCAUCGAUUUCAAGGGACCUUUUUUUUCCCCACAUCUUCACAGCCUUUUCUUUACAUCUUUAAUAUUUUUGCACUGAAUUUAAUAUUGAGUGUCUCUUCAAAUGUAGAUGCAGGAGUUUUUACCUCUGAGCAGUUCAGUGCCAUCUAUUUCUCUGUGUUUUCAGAGGAUUUUAUACAUAUUUUUUUUUAGUUUUAUAUUGACUCCACGUUGUUCCUGCCUUGACGCCUCUAACACAGACGCAUGCCUCAGUGCUCGCUCAUUCUACGCUUCAUUUUCUCAGUGAAGUAGAGUAGAAGUUUUGUAUCUUUUUUUUCCCCCUUAGACAAUUGUUUGCUCGUUUAUGAAUGUAAAAUGUUUGCUGUUGCAAAGUUGUUUGUAGAAUGUUUUUUGUUUUAAAAUAAAAUAAAAUAAAAA